AAGCAAAACAGAAGAAAGCCGGUGAAAGAGUGCAGCUGCCAGCAGUUUCCCUUUUCGGCCAGCCGGAGCCGGAGACUUCACUUCCGAUGAGUGGGGCCGACAGUGCGAGCCGAACCUGAUGCUGCGCCUCAGUCUUGGUCUUCUCCGGCGAAGCACUUCGCGAACCCAGGCCAUAGCGGAGGAUUGGCCAUGGCCUUGCGCUUUCUCGCUUCAGCAGCAGAGCAGGAGCAGGAGCCUACCCCAUGCGCAGGUAAAGGGGGCGGCGACCUACAUAACGAGCUCGGCCUCGAGCCCUAGCCUGUCGAUAUGGAGGAGGAAGAAGGAGAUGGGGAAGGAAGGCCUUAUCGUGGCCAAGGAGCUCAAGAGGCUGCAGUCGAACCCCGUCCGACUCGACCGGUUCAUCAAGUCUCACGUUUCUCGGCUGCUCAAGUCGGACCUCGUCUCCGUUGUCGCCGAGUUCCAGAGGCAGGACCAGGUCUUCCUCUGCAUGAAGUUGUACAAUGUGGUGCGUAAAGAGAUUUGGUAUCGGCCCGACAUGUUCUUCUACAGAGACAUGCUCAUGAUGCUCGCGAGGAACAAAAGCGUGGAUGAGGUUAUGCAAGUCUGGGAGGAUUUGAAGAGGGAGGAAGUCCUAUUUGACCAACACACCUUUGGCGACAUCAUGAGAGCCUUCUUAGACAGCGAAUUGCCCUCGCAAGCGAUGGAAAUAUACGACGAGAUGAGGAGAUCUCCCGAGCCUCCGCUGUCUUUGCCUUUCCGGGUGAUACUGAAAGGGCUCAUCCCUUACCCGGAACUCAGAGAGAAGGUGAAGGAAGAUUUCUUGGAGCUUUUCCCUGGGAUGAUUGUGUACGACCCUCCUGAGGACUUGUUUGAAGAUCAUGACCCAAGGAAGGAACGUGAUGAUGAUUAUUAGUAAUGAUCCGUGCCUUCGAUCAGGGAUAGGAGAAACCAGGUUAUCAAUCCAAGGAGGCUGUUCAAGGAUUCUUUAAUCUCUACAUUGAAGAUUCAAUCUUGAACACGAUCCAUUAGAUGAGCAACGGAUGUCAAUACUCGAGGAGUAAUUUUCCAUGGGGAACUGGGGUCAACAUGAGCCAUACGGUCCUUGAGACCCUCGUGUGCCUAUCCGAUCAACUUCGACUGGCUGGAAGGAAUUUGCCACGACUAAUCUGAUCGGAUCUGGUUAAAAGAUUUUAUUUUUCGGCAUCAUAGAACAGAUCAGUGCCUGGUCAAGGAAAGGCUUGCCGGUGAGUCAUUACAAUGCAUUUUACAUGGAUUCGGUGGAUCGCUUCAUGGAGAAACGAUGAAGCAUGGACAUUUUAAGUAGAAAUGGGUUCGUGUCGAAUACUUUGCGUGGCUGAGGGAACAGAAUGUGAGCUGCUUUUUUGGUUUCUUGUCUAUUCAGAACCUUUCUUUUGUUAUCUUUGAUCUUUAGUUCUUUUGAAUGGUCCGUUCUUUACUAUC